GUGAUCAUAAUUGACAAAACAAUGAUGUUUUAGACUCCCCUAUCAGUCCUUUUCUUCCUUUACUCUUCAUAGAAUCAGUGCUUUUAAGACUGUUGUUCCUUUGCUUCUUUUUGGUAAAGCUUUUCUCUCCAGUUACCAUUGUUUCACAGGGAUCAGGACUAAUUCAAGGGUUUGAUAAUGAGUUUUUCCAUCAGAAAAACGAGGCCGGAACCGGAACUGCCGACCAUGGACGACGACACCGUUAUCUGCUUGAAAGUUGUGGUAGACAAGACAAAGGAUAGAGUUGUUUUUGUUGAAUCUGAUGACAAGUUUGUUGAUGUUCUCUUCAGUUUCUUGACAAUGCCAAUGGGAACUAUAGUUAGGCUCACCCGGAAUCGAGGACCGACAACGAAUAUAGGAUGUAUGAAUAACUUAUAUAACAGCGUCGAGAUUCUCGAUGCUCUGUAUCUUCGAACGAAAGCCUGCAAGACCAUGUUGCUGUACCCGCGAAACGGAGCAGCUGCUCAAUGCAAGAACCUGAAACUGGCAAUCCAUGAUGGUGCAUCCCUAAGAUAUUUUCUUUGCUCAAGGACUGAUUGUCGCAAUUCAUGUUUUAAGCUACUAAGUCAUUAUCCAGAUGCUAUUUGUUGGUGCGGAGAGCAAAUGUAUCCGGUAGAUUUGGUCGAGAAUAAAACUAGGAGAGUAAGUUCUGAUGACAAAGACCGAGGAGUGUUUGUCAAAGGACCGAUUCGAUUGAUGAUAAGCGAUGAAUUGCGUAUAAUGCCUCCAUCAACUGCGGCAAGCUUUUCUUUGUUUUCUGAGCUUGGGAUCGAGGACAUGAGUGUCGUCGAUGAUAGGACUUUUUCGAUGGGAAAACUCGAGGCUUUAAACUUGCUCAAGUGUUUGCUAGUAUCAAAGACACCUUUGACGGAAGCUCUGUUAGAUCAUAUCCCAGUUCUUUCGCUAAACGAUACAGAAGAUCUCGAACGGGUAAGCAUCGGAAGACUAAAAGGGGAGGCAUCGAAUGAGGAUGGGAAGAUGUAUGUGAAACUCAUGGUGAGUAAAUCCAAGAACAGGGUUUGCUAUUGUGAAGCAAGUGAAAAUUUUGUUGAUUUGCUCUUUAGUUUCCUCACUGUUCCACUCGGUUUUAUAGUAAAAGAAAUGCAAAAGGGCAGUUCAACAGGCUGCAUAAAUCACCUAUACGAUAGCAUUCAAGAUCUUGAUGCUAGGAACUAUUUAGUAUCUAAGGAAACAACAGCAAUGCUGAUCAGUCCAAAGCUUGCUCCUGGUUUUAGAUAUGAAGGGCAAGCAUUAGACAUUGAAGAAUACAUGCAUCAACCCUACUAUCUCACACGGUCCCAGAACAUACUAAUGCCAACUUCAGAUGAGACACUUAUCCCUCCCGGUGAAACGGUUUAUUCUUCGGCUUUAACUGUCAUGGACCCAAAGUCUCAUCACAAUGACAAUUCAAGUAGUACUGGGUUCAUAAAAGGACCUGCAAUGUUCACCAUAACAGAUGAUCUCAUCAUAUCUCCAGUGUCCUCAGUCACAGGUCUUUCUGCUGUAAGGAAAUUGAAGAUACCUUUCACCGACAUCGAAGAACGAGUCGUGUAUGUUGGCAAAGAGGAAGCUUCAUGUCUAAUGGUGGCUGCUCUCAUCUCUGAAUCCGCUCUGACAAAUACCUUUCUACUUAAAGAGAUGGAGCAAGGAUCUUAAUCAAGUGCAGUUUCAAUCUAGAAUCAUCCAUGGAUACAAUGUUUGCUAUCAGUUCAUACUUCAUUGUGAUCUUAAUGCAUAUAGGGCCUUUUUUUAUUAUCAAAAUAAUAUAAAAGUUUUUAUUUACAUGGUUGUGGAUUAUUUACGAAAAUAGGUUGUUUUC